AUGGCCUCUGAAGCCUCGUCUUCCACCGCGCCCUCUGCGCCAGAGGCUACUUCUGAACACCUGUCCGUAAACCUGCAGGUCUUGUCGCCAUCCACCGCUGCCACGUCUAGCCGACCCUUGGUUUUCCCUGGUCUCGCGGCCACCACGACCGUCCGACAGCUCAAGGAGAAAAUUCGACAAGCGCUUCCUCUCAAGCCGACUGAUGCCCAGCAGCGAUUGAUCUACCGGGGUCGGCCUUUGGCGCAGGAUGGGGAUACUCUCUUGACCGUUCUCGGUGAGGAAGUUAUUCGCACUACCGACCAGCAGACGAUUCACCUCGUGCUCCGAGACGUCGCAGAACCGCAUCGCUCCACGACUCCGACACCGGCACUUGCUCGAGGGUCGAGCCCGGCGCCGCCCGCUGCCCAUUUUCCAAGCCCUUUUGGCACCACUGGCCAGCCCCAACACGUCCAUCACCAUGGCAGUCAGCCUACGGCUGCGGCCUUCACCAGACGAACGCCUCUGCACCCGACGUCGAAUCCUAUGCCGUUCCCGGCACCACCCCAAAUACCGGCGAACCUGACUCUGCAGCAGCUCCAGCAACUGCAGGCGCAGCAGCACCAGAGCAUGACGGCAUGGAUGAACGGACUUCAACGCGAGGCCAUGAACAGGGCCAUGGCCCACCAGCAGAUCAAUCAGAACCAGGCCAUGAGAGCGUCCAUGGGUAUGCAUGGAGUUGGCGACACACCGGCGGCCGUCCCCAAUCCUGCGGACCCCACUCGUGGACGGGCCAGCCCGCUUAGCAAUCCUGACGGGCAUACGUAUGUGCGAGAGGGCCUCAUGCCGAACGGACAGACAUAUCGCGUGACGGUCAACGAGACCUUCCUCGGUGGCCAAUUGAAUGUCCAGCAACCGGGCAGCCAAGGUACCUCGACGCCGCUGUCCACUGCUGACGUCCAGACCAUCUUGAGGGCAGCUGACAGCAAUCAAGCAACAUUGGCGAUGACCAACGCGAUGCAGAGGAGCGCCUCAAGCACAUCUCUUGCCAAUGGAGGCUCAUCUAUUGGCGUCACUACUCCUUACUACCCAACCCCUGGAUCCAGAGCCAGCAGUAGGCGGCCUACCCCUGACCCUACCGCUCGCUCAGUCAGCGGCGGCAGCAGACAUUCUACCAACGCUCAACAGCAAGCACCGUCCGGUCCUGAAGUGUACAUCUUGUCUUCGCCUCAAGGCCCUCGUGCUCUAUUGAUCAACAAUGCCACGGACUCGUACUACACUCCAAGAGGGCAGCCUCACACUACCUCAACUCUUCACCAGACCGCAUCUGCGCUUGCAAGAAUGCGAGGUCGCCCUCAACAAGUCGCCUGGCCAGGAGCUUUUGUGGCUCCACCGCCCCAUCACGAAGAACAGCAACCGGCACAUCAAGCAGAAACACAACCGCAGGUGCAGCAGCAGCAACCCGAGGCGCAACCACUCAUGCAUCAGCCUCAGGGGCAGCCGGCCGUAGCAGCAGUGCCAGCUCACCCUAAUAACCCAGGUAUCGCUCCGCUGAUUGCACAAGUGUGGCCUCACUUCUGGCUGGUGGUCAGGCUCGCCCUCUUUGUGUGGUGGUUUACUUCGCCCAAUGCAGGCUGGUCAAGGUGGAUCACUGUGAUUUCAAUCGCGAUCAGCAUCUUUGUUCUAAACACUGGACUUCUAAACAACUACUUUGACCAGGCGGUGGGGCCAGUCAGACGUCAUAUGGAGAACCUGCUACCCCUAGCUGCGCCGAAUAAUGUCAAUGAGCCUGUCCGUCCCCGAGAAGACCAGGCGGUGGUUGGACGCGAUGGUCAACCUGAUCCGACACGAGCAGCUGCCAGGCUGGUAGCUCAGCGCAGACACGACAAUGCGAACUGGUUGAUGGACCAAGUGCGGCGGCUCGAGAGAGCUGGUCUUCUCUUCCUGGCUAGUAUUGCACCAGGUGUUGCGGAGCGCCACAUUGCUCAUCUUGAAGCCGAGGCCCGCGCCGAGCGUCAGAGAAGGGAAGAAGCGGAGGCUGCCGCAGCCGCUGCGGCUGAGGCUGCGGCGAAUCCUGAAAACACGGAAAUCCAGAAUAAUGACGAGACAAAUGAGACUUCAGGACGCAACGAUACAGAGGAGGGUGAGAACGAGGCUCAGAGAGAAACACAUGGGGGAGACCAGCGGCGAGCGGAGGAGCAGCAGCCGUUACUGGCGCUGUAA